GAGAGUCUGCAUAAGGACAGACAACGACGCACCUCUCCGUGUGCGGACGCAAAUCACGCCUCCGCCUCCUCCGUCAUAUCCAGCAAGAGACCUCGACGCCGCUUGCAAUCAACCGUUCGAGGUUUCUAGGGUUCCAUUUGACUACUUCAUUAUAUGCAUGUAUUAUACUCACUCGAACGUAUGAUUCUAGAGAGAAUGCCGAAUCGAUUGCUGUAGAGUCUUCGAAUUACAUCGAGUUCGGACUUGAGUGAUCUCAAUCAACUGCGUUAGUUCCUGACUGAGAAAGCAAUGGGAGAGCAGGGAUCGGAGAUAGAGAGUCGCGGUCUGGUGUCCAUGGAUUCGUCGGAGUUGCGGUGGGUGUUUCAGGACAGGGACGAGUCGGAGGUCGAGGACGACGACAUCGAGGACGACGGGGAUUUUCCGCCGCCGCCGCCGCCGCGGACUGGCAUCGAUUCCGACAAUGACGAUGCGACUCCCGCGCAGAGGUUGGUCAGGACAGGGCCUCGGCUCGAUUCCUUCGACGUGGAAGCGCUUGAGGUCCCCGGCGCGCAAAGGAAUGAUUUCGAGGAUGUCAGUGUGGGAAGAAGAAUCAUACUGGCUUUUCAGACACUUGGGGUUGUUUUCGGUGAUGUUGGAACAAGUCCAUUAUAUACCUUUGGCGUGAUGUUCAGCAAGGCUCCAAUUAGUGGAAGUGAAGAUGUUCUUGGAGCACUAUCACUAGUUUUGUAUACCUUAAUUCUGAUUCCACUGGUCAAAUAUGUGCUGAUAGUUCUGUGGGCCAACGAUGAUGGUGAAGGUGGUACGUUUGCUCUAUACUCAUUAAUUUGUCGGCAUGCUAAGGUCAGUCUUCUACCAAAUCAACUCCCGUCUGAUGCACGCAUUUCAAGCUUCAGAUUAAAAGUGCCGUCUGCUGAACUUGAACGAUCAUUAAAAAUAAAAGAGAGACUUGAAGCUUCUCUGACACUUAAAAAGAUGCUCCUGGUAUUGGUGCUUGCUGGUACUUCUAUGGUAAUAGCAGAUGGGGUUGUUACACCAGCAAUGUCAGUGAUGUCUGCAGUUGGUGGCUUAAAAGUUGGAGUAUCUGGAAUAGAGCAAGAUCAAGUGAUGAUGAUUUCAGUCGCUUGUCUUGUAAUUUUGUUCAGUGUGCAGAAGUAUGGAACGAGCAAAGUUGGGCUGGCUGUUGGCCCUGCCUUGUUCAUAUGGUUUUGUUGUCUUGGGGGUAUUGGCAUAUUUAACCUUGUAAAAUAUGAUAGCAGUGUGUUAAGGGCAUUUAAUCCUGUUCACAUCUAUUACUUUUUCAAGAGAAACUCAACAAAGGCUUGGUAUGCUCUUGGGGGUUGUCUUCUUUGUGCAACAGGUUCUGAGGCAAUGUUUGCAGAUCUUUGCUACUUUUCUGUGAGAUCUAUUCAGCUCACCUUUGUGUUGCUUGUGCUGCCUUGCCUUCUUUUGGGAUACAUUGGCCAAGCUGCUUAUCUUAUGGAAAACCACAGUGUUACUGAUACCCCACACCUUUUCUUUUCUUCUGUUCCCAGUGGUGCUUUCUGGCCAGUCUUCCUCAUUGGUAAUAUUGCAGCAUUAAUUGCUAGUCGAACGAUGACAACAGCAACAUUUUCUUGUAUUAAGCAAUCAACAGCACUUGGUUGUUUCCCUCGCCUUAAAAUCGUUCAUACAUCUCGGAAGUUCAUGGGUCAGAUUUAUAUACCAGUCAUGAACUGGUUUCUGCUGGUAUUUUCCCUAGUGUUCGUCUGCUCUAUCUCAAGCACUAAUGAGAUGGGAAAUGCAUAUGGUAUUGCUGAGCUUGGAGUUAUGAUGAUGACUACUAUCUUAGUAACCCUUGUCAUGCUUCUUAUAUGGCAGAUAAACAUCAUUUUGGUGCUGAGUUUUGUUUUUAUUUUCCUGGGAUUGGAAUUGACAUUCUCCUCAUCGGUGUUAUUAAGUGUGGGGGAUGGAAGUUGGAUCGUUUUGGUUUUUUCCAUCGUUUUGUUUAUUAUAAUGUACAUCUGGAAUUAUGGCAGCAAGCUGAAGUAUGAAACUGAGGUCCAGCAAAAGUUGUCCAUGGAUUUGAUGUGGGAACUUGGUUGUAAUCUUGGAACAAUCAGAACGCCUGGCAUUGGCUUGCUUUACAAUGAGUUGGUGAAGGGCAUUCCAGCUAUAUUUGGACAUUUCCUCACCACUCUUCCUGCUGUCCAUUCCAUGAUCAUUUUUGUGUGCAUAAAGUAUGUCCCAGUUCCUGUGGUGCCUCAGACUGAAAGGUUUCUAUUUCGUCGUGCCUGCCCAAAAAGCUAUCACAUAUUUCGUUGCAUUGCCAGGUAUGGCUACAAGGACGUUCGCAAAGAGAAUCAUCAGAUGUUUGAGCAGCUAUUGAUUGAGAGCCUUGAAAAAUUCAUCCGUAGAGAAGCUCAGGAACUGUUGUUGGAAAGUGAUGGAGAUUAUGAUUCAGAUUCUGAAGACGAAUACCCUUCCUCCAGAUCACUCAUAGCUCCCAAUGGUAGCCCUUACUCACUUGGUGCCCCUCUGUUGGCCGAUUUCAAUGACGCACACAACUCUUUUGCAGAAUCUAGCACAUCGGGACAGGUGAAACCAGAGCACUCCAUGGCCAGAACUAGCUUUGAUAACGAGCAGAGUCUUGAAAAAGAGCUCUCGUUCAUUAGAAAGGCCAAGGAAUCAGGAGUGGUUUAUCUUCUGGGUCAUGGAGAUAUUAGGGCAAAGAAAAGUUCCUGGUUUAUAAAGAAGCUGGUCAUAAACUACUUCUAUGCUUUCUUGAGAAAGAACUGCAGAAGAGGGAUUACAAAUUUGAGUGUGCCACCCUCGAAUCUGAUACAGGUUGGCAUGACUUACAUGGUUUGAAGCGAAAUGGAAUGUGCUCGCGUCGAUGCAUUUUAAACCAUGAAUUCCGACCAGCGGUUGCAUCUCUUCAUUGCCGGUACUGAAGCCUAUCCUAUGCACAAUUUUGUAGUUUCACCAUUUUGGUUGGCUUCUUGCUGCUAAUGACGUUUACAGUUUUGGUGGGAUUGUGCAUUCAAUUGUUUGGUUGCCAUCUUGUUGUCCUGUCAUUUCUUCUGUCUAGUUCUAGGGAAGAAGAAUUCACCAAGCAUUGUUGAAUGUUGAUAUCAGUACAGAGUACCUUUUCCGUUGCAAAAAUUACAUCGACUACUCUUACGUUGAAAAGGUGUGUCAUAUUACCCCCGUCGAUUGAUUUAGAUUACACAAGUUGCCAUU